AAAACAAAAUGUCAACAGCUGAUGUCAGUGUUUUGAUUUAAAUGCGGCAAUGUGGAUAAUUUAUGCUUUGUUGGUGCAUUUGUUGCUGCUGGGAUCCAUAUUCGUAAUAUACUUUCGGUCGCCUGUUAUAGAAGGACUGCAGCCACAGAAAAAUCUGAAGGCUGAGCCGCCGGCGGACCGCUUGGUUCUGAUAGUCACCGAUGGACUGCGGGCGGAAUCGUUCUUCGCCAACAAAUGCAAUCAUGUGCCUCACUUACGCGAAAUAUUUAUGAAGGAAGGAAUAGUCGGCAUAUCGCGCACCCGUGUCCCUACAGAAUCACGUCCCGGACAUAUAGCGCUGAUAGCUGGAUUGUACGAGGACCCUUCGGCGGUUACAAAGGGCUGGAAAGAGAACCCAAUUGAGUUCGACACUGUGUUCAACCGCAGUGACCAAACGUACGCGUGGGGUGCUCAGGAUGUUCUACACAUAUUCGAAAAGCUUGCCGAUAGUGGCCGCCCAAUGCAUUUUGAUGCCUAUAAUCAUGACCUAGACUUCUCAGGCCAGCACAAGACGUUCAAACAAGACGAGUGGGUGUUUGACAGGGUGCGCUUGCUGCUGCAACGGAAGCAGAAGGAGCUACAGAACGCCAAAAGGGUAGUGUUUUUUCUACAUCUGCUUGGCUUAGACACAGCCGGCCAUGUGCACAAGCCGGGUACUCCACUUUUUCUUGAGAACCUCAAGUUCACAGAGCGUGGAGUUUGGGAGAUCUACAAGCUAUUUGAAGAGAUCUUUCCCGAUCAGCGAACGGCAUAUUUGCUCACAUCAGAUCACGGGAUGACGGAUUCAGGCUCUCACGGUUCUGGCGCUCAACAUGAAACAGAAACACCGUUUAUGCUCUGGGGAGCUGGUGUGGCUGAAAGAACUUACACGGGCAUCAACUUUGAAGUCAAUGAUAAGGGAUUGGAAUUGCCGCUGCGCCAACUGGAACAGGCGCAAUUAACGCCACUAAUGUCUGCGUUAAUUGGUCUACCGCCGCCAAUGAACAAUUUCGGCAUAUUGCCAUAUGGCUUCAUGAGUGCUGGUGACCGGUACGAGGCAAUGGCAGCCCACAGCAAUGCACUGCAGCUUCUGGCCCAAUAUGUUAGUCUGCAGGAGCAGCACAAUCGUGGCCUCUUUGCACCACUUUUGAACAGUUUCAACAAACUGACAUCUAAGCUGAUGGAUUCCUAUAUAUCUUCGACCGUUGAAGAGCUACAGCUGAAGGAAUUUGAGAAAUCGCUGACAAACAGUGAAACUAUAAUGCAACUGGCACUAGAGGGAAUCGAUUACUACCACGGUUACUACUGCAACGCGCUGUUAAUAUGCACAACGGCCACCUUUUUGGGCUGGAUAUUUUAUUUAUAUCGCCUACUAACUCAGGAAGCAGCACCCAAAAAAGUCGCAUCGACUGUGAAUAAUCACGCAUCCGGGAUCAUUUUUGGACUAUGUGUGGCAGCUGUGCUUCUGAUCGGCUUCUUAGUAGCACAACGUGUUCCACUCUCCGUAAGCUUUUAUUUGCUCCUGCCAUUACCCGUGUGGAUGUUGGCCCUAUGGCAAGCCACAGACAACAACAGCAGCGCCGUCGACGCAAGGGCUUAUGCCCAACCAGCAGUUGCUCGUCAAGCGCAGGCCUCCGUGGCCCAGUUACUGCUGCUCAUUGCUUGCGCCGAGCUCUUAGUUUUCACAUUCAUUGAGCGUCGCCUGAUUUCUCUUUGCUUUUUUGCUUUUGCAUGUUAUAGCAACUGGCGCACAUUUAAGCUCAACACAGCGGAAUUUUACCUAUGGUUUCUGUUAGUAAUAGCCCUUGCCUGCUUUCCAGUGUUACCGCCCUCAGUGGGGUACCAGAACUGUUAUUUGCUGCUGGCUGGUAUUGUGCUUCUUCUGCUGCGUGCGUUCUUGAGCAGUGAACGUCGAAGCUACAGAAUGCACACUAAAUGGUGCAAUUCUCUUAUUUUAGUAAAUACAGCUGUGUGCGUGUAUUUGCAUAGUCACCAGAUCGCCGUACCACUGCCACUGAAAAUUGUCAGUUGGUUGUACUUGGUGUAUGCAUUCGUAUCCAUACAGCUGAGCAAGGAGACGGUCCUGGAAGCGCGCCUGGCGCAGAUUUGCUACAAUUUGGGGGCACUAUAUACGCUGAUGUGCACCUCAUAUGAGUCGUUGUUCGUGCAGCUGCUGACAAUGGAAUUGGCAAUGGCGCUGACCGCCCAACGUGCACACAAAGAGCCAUUGCAGCAUCAGCAGGACAGCCUGCAGUCAUCUUUACGUAUAGCCUUUACCCUUUUGCUUUACACAUUCUUCUCCCUCUUUGGCAGUGGAAACAUUGCAUCGAUCAGCUCCUUCGAUCCAAACAUUGCACGCUGUUUUCUUAGCCACUUUGCGCCGUUCGUGAUCAUGUCGCUGGUGCUACUGAAGCUCGUGCUGCCCAUUGUGAUAAAUCUUUCCAUUGUGUACACCCACAGCGAGUACGCUCGUCAGCAGGAACGACAAAUCUUCAUAUGCCUGCUGAUUAUCUGCGACAUCAUGGGCUUAAACUUUCUCUUUCUUGUGCGAAAUACCGGCUCCUGGCUGGAAAUAGGCUCAUCUAUAUCGCACUUCGUUAUUAUGGAGGUGACCACGUUGGUGAUGCUGGUUCUUGCCUACGCCUCCAAAAUCCUACUUCGACUGGCCAACUGCGAUCAUGUUUUGUCCAAACUACACUAAAUCCACUCUAUAGUUAAUAUUCGUCGUAAAAUGUGUAUCAAUAAGAAUUAUGUAAAUUACUGUUAUAUCUUGGUAUAUAUCUAGCUAUAUA